GAAUCUGUAGUUUAAUUUACCCCUCACGGCCUCAGGAAGACCCUGGCUCCGAAGCGCUUAUCUACUGAUGCAGGCGGUAGCACCUUAAGUGCUCUUUCCUUGUAUAUAAAAACAUGCAUUAUAUUGGAACUUGAAGAAAUUAAGUCUGUUUUUUAUGUCGGUUUGUACCUGUGCGCGCGCGUGGGAUGUGUGCGCGAGUGCGCGUGCCUCCUCCUGCUGUGUUUGAGCGAGUUGGGAUUUGAAAGUUGGAGCUGCCGGAGGAGCCCAGUGUGUGUAGACGUAGAAAUAUUUCGCGUGAGAGUGCACGUUGUUUUAGCAGGCUGAAGGAAAGUGAGUGAAGGCGGCGGCUGCUGCCACAAGACCUCCAGGAGACCCCUGAGAUUCUCCUGGUGUGAUGGAUUCAGAGGUGGCUUUACAAGAGGAGGACAUGGAUGGCUCAUGGACGCUGCUGUCCUGGCUUGCAUCCCUUCUCAUGGUGUUUGGAGGGGCCCUGCCGUACGUCCCACAGUUCCAGGAGAUCCAGAGAAGCAGCAACACAGAGGGCUUCUCCACCAGAGUCUGCUUGGUGCUGCUCAUUGCCAACAUAUUACGCAUAUUCUUCUGGAUAGGGAAGCAGUUUGAGCUGACCCUGCUGCUUCAGAGCGUGGUGAUGAUCCUCACUAUGUUUGCCAUGCUCCACCUCUGCUGUACGGUCCAAAACACCAACCGAGUGAGCACCAAGCAGCAUCGGCUCACAGAUUUGAACCUUCAGUACUUUUGGAAGUGGAGCGCAGUUGAAGACUACCUCCUUUUCUGCUUUGGCUUCACCGUGCUGUGUGCUGUGGUCACCAUGCUGCUGCUGGACUCCGCCGUGUUUGUGGAGAUGCUGGGGUUCCUGGCUGUGAUGUUUGAGGCCAUGCUGGGCGUCCCACAGCUGCUGCAAAACUUCCACAAUCACUCCACCAAAGGAAUGAGUGUGACGAUGGUGCUGCUGUGGACUGCCGGUGAUAUCUUCAAGACCACCUACUUUGUAGUAAAUGAAAGCCCAGCUCAGUUCUGGGUUUGUGGUUCUGUUCAGAUCCUGAUUGACGUGGCCAUCCUGCUCCAGGUGCUGUUUUACAGCCAGGACACCCGGGCCAAACUUGGCUGAAGAUGACUUCUGUGAUGAGGCUGACAUUGAAUAACACCGAGUGCUAGAAGGUGGAGAAAACCAAAGACUUUUUUAAAUGUUCAGUAUUCUGUUAAAGACUCUCAGUCAGAUUCAAACAGACUGUCUCCAAUGGCAACAAGCUGCAAAUUUAGCAUAAAAACACGUAUUGUAGGUCAAAAUAACAAAUACUCUUUGCCCUGAGUAUGAUUAGCAUUAUGGUAGUUAUUUAUUUAUUUUUUUUUUACUAUUUAUUUGCUCUUUGUGGAUCAUUAUGUGGACUCUUGGGCUGUAGUGAACACGUGGAGGGAAAGAUUACUCAAACUGGCAGCUUAAUAACGGCAGAACUGUGCUGCUGUGAUGGCUACUGGUGCAACCAGGCCUGCACCAGAACCUCUGCACUAGAACCUUCUCCUUGACUGAUGAGUCUCUGUUUCACACUCCUCUCUGCAGUGGACUGUUGUUGUGAUACAAUGCAUGUAUGUCUGGCUUUAUGCGUGCGUGUGAGUGUGUGUGCGCUGCCAUUCUUGCUGGCACGUCUGUGUAGCUGAAAUUGAUUUUUGCCGUUGGCAUCUAGUGCCCAGCCAAGACUACAGAAUGUGCAUCAAGUAAUAGUAACUACGCAGGCCUAUUAAUCUAUGACUCUGUUUUUGUGGUUCAGUUGACAAGUAAUGUAGCUUUUCAUCAAGGUAAAGAAAAAACAGUAAAGAACAAAGAAAAAUUGUACCUCAAAUGCAAAAACUUUGCAGAGUGAAAAUGCAUCAGGCUUUACAAGCUUUACGUUUUUAUCCUCAGUGCGACGGCAUUGCUGAACAUUUGUGGCAUUCUCAUUUCUCUGUCAUUCACUGUUUUGAAUCUGCUGACGUCUUCUCUUUGCUCAUUCAGAAAGAGAAACAACAGUCAGAAUAAUUAUUUUAUUCAUUUUUUAAACCGUAAUUUUAAUUUCCACAAACCGGAUUUAACUAAAUGGUCAAAUUUGUGUGUCCUAAACCAAGAAGAAAUGUGGUUUUGGAGACAGGCUGGACGUUCAUGGUGCACAGCUCAAUCUUACAAAUGGCUUUAAAACUAAAUCAAAAUCCUUCUGGCUCAAAACUUCCACUUUCUGAAAUGUUGUUAAACAUUGACAUUUGAGGUGACAGUAAAAUUUAUUCAAGUAGGUGGAAAGAAAAAAGUUUUAGGCCAAACUGCAACUGCGACUCCAAUACUACUCACAAGGUGCAGGAGACAAUAGUCAGCGCCUGUCAUAAGAAAAGCAUCAUCUUGAUAAGCCAGUAGGUUUAGCUGAAUUCAAAAUUAGCCAUAAUCACCCAAAAUAUGUUUGCAUGGAAACAAAGAUGAUAAAAAGACAGUACAAAGAUAGACGGACAAGCACGAGGAGGGAUAAUAUUUUCCUUUAGAGUUAUCCAACAGCCGGGAAGAAUGGAUUCCACUAAGAAGCAGCUAAUCCUCCAUGUCAGCUGAGAAAAUGAAACUGGCUGCUCUAACUGGACAACCACACACACACGCACACACACACACUCUCUCCAGCGACCAGAUAAUUCUGGGCAGCUCUUAAGAUUUGAUUUAAUUUGUUUUUCUAGCAUGUUUUACAGCCAUAAUCAAACCUGAAAGUAAGAAAUGCUUCAUUAAAUAGAGGACAGUUUAUAUAAUACAUGAACAGCAUGUUUAUCUUCUCUCUGCCCCGUGUAGGGGCAUUCUUAACAGAAGUAGCUGAGUUGUGGCUGAGAAAACUGGAAUGAUGACUCAACCAAGGUUAUUUGCUCAGAUCCUCUUACCUCCCACUUUGUUGUCUGCCAUGCUUUCCACACGCAGUAGUUCUGUUUUACCUUUCCUAUGUGCAGAUAGGUUGGGGGGAAACAAAACAGCCUUCACAGCAGCAUUGAUCAUUCUUUUCUGCCUUCAGAAAUGCAAAAAAUAGUCACAUAUUUUAUUUAAAAGCUCUGCUUGUAAUUGAAAGACUAAUUUAACUGUAUAGCCUGAAGAUGAGUUGUGCUUCUUUUAGUCAAUUCUUCAUGGUUUCUCCUUCUAAAACCACUGCAGGGUUAAAAUAAAAAUCACUUCCAGCAGCUGAUUAGUAGUCAGAGCAGAUUUCUGUUUAACCACAUGUGAUGUAUUCUAGUAAUAAAGCCAAGGGGGUUAUUCAGUCUUUCAGUCACCUUUUUAACUCCUCAGUUUGUGUCUAAACCAGCAAACUUUCCCUCAGCAAUGAUCACAUCACACUGCAUCGCUUGUUUAGAGCAUGGAGACCGCUGCUGCAUGGGUCUGUUGACCUGAGCCCAGAAGAUCAUAUAUGUUAAGAUGAGAGGUGCUAAAAUACAUGUUAAAUAUUCCUGGGAUAGAUUUAAGGAUAAAUACGGAUGUCUGCUUGAUGCACUGCAAGCUGGCAGGUUUUCUGUCCUUUGUCUUUUCCAUGAUUUACAUCAAGUGAUUGUAUGUAAAUGUGCAUAAAAUGCACAUGUGUGUACAUAUUGGCUGCACUGAAAAUGUGUAGGUCUUAUCUGCCCUGCAUGCUGCUGCAUUAUGUCUGCAUUGCACACUCUUAUAUCACUAGAUGUGUAUCUUUAUAUUGUCUUCCCUCAGCAGAGGCUCAGAACAGCAGCCUCCCUGACUUUGGUUUAACAUGUGGGUGCACUGUGGCCUUUUCUUCUCAAGGGCAGAGAUGCGUACACACAUGGCUGGCAACUUCACAACAUGGCAUGUGUUUAUUGCCUUACUGCUACAGCACAGAUUUAUAAAAAGAAAAUAGUGGUAUAUAGCACUAAAAUAGCACUCAGGGUUUGAAGUAGGUCUUGUUUUAUCCAUGUGUGAUGUAUUCAACCAAAAAUGUGCUCAAAAUGUGAUUAUUUAUUACUGCCUGUUACACUUUUUUAAAAAGUACCAAAAGAUGCCAAACCGUUAAAUAUCAUGUUUUACAGAAGCUGUAAAGGUGAUCACACCUGUUACACCUGUCUGACAGCCACUGUCUGUAUGUGAAGCAUUUAGCAUUUUAUUUUCUCAAAUAUAAACAAUUUAUUUUCAUGUU